AUGCGUCGCAAGGACGGAGAUGAUCUAGAAAUCAAGAACUACGUCAUACCCAAAAAUGCCGUAAUUCUCAUUAAUAUAUGGGCGAUUGGUAGAGAUCCAAGGAUAUGGCCGAACCCUGAUUCAUUUGAGCCUGAAAGAUUUUUGAACAGAGAAGUUGAUUUCAAAGGCCACGACUUUGAACUGACCCUGUUUGGGGCCGGCAGGAGAAUUUUUCCGGGGCAGCCACUAGCAUAUAGGAUGGAAUUUGAACCAGGAAUUACACCACAAGAUGUGGACUUAAAUGAGAAGUUCGGCGUUUCACUGAAAAAGGCCAUACCUCUCAAGGCUGUGCCGACCAAGCCAUGA